UGGUCUUAUGCUUUAGAGAAGCCAAACACUGGCAGCAUAUUUAAUAUUGCUUGGUCUAUUGAUGGCACCCAACUAGCUGGAGCAUGUGGAAACGGACAUGUAAUUUUUGCUCAUGUGGUGGAGCAGCGUUGGGAGUGGAAGAACUUUGAAAUAACCUUAAUUAAGAGGAGAACCAUGAAGGUGCACAAUGUUCUUAAUGAUGCGGUGGAUACGUUGGAAUUCCGUGACAGGGUUAUUAAAGCCUCUUUGAACUACGGGCACUUGGUUGUUUCAACUUCUCUUCAGUGUUAUGUGUUUUCGACAAAGAACUGGAAUACACCACUGAUCUUUGACCUGAAGGAAGGGACUGUUAGUUUGAUUCUACAAGCAGAAAGGCAUUUUCUUCUUGUAGAUGGUGGAGGACUUUAUUUAUAUUCAUACGAAGGAAGAUUAAUUUCCUCUCCAAAAUUUCCAGGAAUGAGAACAGACAUUUUGAAUGCCCAGACAGUAUCUCUGAGUAAUGAUACUCUAGCAGUAAAAGACAAAGCUGAUGAAAAGGUUAUCUAUAUAUUUGAAGCUUUAUCUGGAAAGCCAUUGGGUGAUGGAAAGCCUCUAACCCAUAAGACGGAAAUUGUGGAGAUUGCUUUGGACCAGAAAGGACUUACAAGUGAAAGAAAAAUAGCUUUUAUUGAUAAGAACAGAGAUCUUUACAUUACUUCAGUUAAACGGUUUGGAAAAGAACAGAAGAUUGUCAAAAUAGGGACGAUGGUUCAAACUUUAGCUUGGAAUGACACAUCUAACAUUCUUUGUGGGAUUCAAGAUACCCGUUUUACAGUCUGGUACUACCCCAACACAGUCUAUGUGGAUAAAGAUCUUUUGCCAAAAACUCUGUAUGAAAAAGAUGCAAG